AUGCGCGCAACAACUUCAUCUUGGAGAGUAGAAAGUUAACCAGUUGUACUUUCUCCAAAAAACUCUCAAAUACUUCAAAGUAAAAUAAAGAUUUAACAGACGAUAUGCUAGCAUCGUGUAGAGCUGCAACUGGUCUCUCAAAAUUCUCGCUUCGUGCAGGAAUCAGCUUUAGGAAUCUUCUUCCAAGCGUUAGCAGAGGAAUUCACCACAGCUCUGGCGGCGUUUGUUCAAAUAAGACGACAAAAUCGGAGUUUUCAAAGGAGUAUCCAGUGAUUGACCAUUCAUACGACUGUAUUGUUGUUGGCGCUGGUGGUGCCGGACUCCGGGCUGCAUUUGGUUUGGCAAAUGGAGGGUUCAAAACUGCCUGCAUUACCAAGCUGUUUCCCACCAGAUCACAUACUGUUGCUGCACAAGGUGGUGUGAAUGCUGCUUUGGGCAAUAUGGAACCGGAUGAUUGGAAAUGGCAUAUGUAUGAUACAGUGAAAGGUAGUGAUUGGUUGGGAGAUCAAGAUGCCAUUCAUUACAUGACCAAAGAGGCUCCUGAGGCUGUCAUUGAGCUUGAAAACUAUGGCAUGCCAUUCAGUCGUACGGAGGAGGGCAAGAUUUACCAGCGUGCGUUUGGUGGUCAAAGUUAUGAUUACGGCAAGGGUGGUCAGGCACACAGAUGCUGUUGUGUGGCAGAUAGAACUGGCCAUUCUUUGCUUCACACACUGUAUGGACAGUCCCUGAGCUAUGACACAGAUUAUUUUGUUGAAUACUUUGCACUGGAUCUGUUGAUGGAGCAAGGCCGUUGUGCUGGUGUGAUUGCGUUGUGUUUGGAGGAUGGAUCUUUGCAUCGAUUUAAUGCUAAGAACACAGUGAUUGCCACCGGUGGUUAUGGCCGGGCCUAUUUUUCAUGUACCUCAGCACACACCUGUACCGGUGAUGGUACCGCAAUGAUCACAAGGGCUGGUCUGCCAAAUGAAGAUAUGGAGUUCGUCCAGUUUCACCCCACAGGCAUAUACGGUGCUGGCUGCUUGAUAACAGAGGGCUCUAGGGGUGAAGGAGGGUACUUGGUGAAUAGUGAGGGUGAACGUUUCAUGGAACGAUACGCACCAACAGCCAAAGAUCUUGCCUCGCGUGACGUUGUCUCACGAUCGAUGACUUUGGAAAUCAGGGAAGGAAGAGGUGUCGGUCCAGAGAAGGAUCACGUAUUUCUACAGCUGUCUCACCUUCCUGCGGAACUUCUGGCAGAGCGCCUGCCCGGCAUCUCUGAGACCGCAAUGAUUUUUGCCGGGGUAGAUGUGACUCGCGAGCCCAUCCCAGUCCUACCAACCGUGCACUACAACAUGGGUGGCGUACCGACUAACUACAAAGGACAGGUACUUGAUGUUGUAAACGGUGAAGAUAAAAUAGUCGAGGGACUCUGGGCCGCUGGCGAAGCUGCAUGCGCCUCGGUGCAUGGCGCGAAUAGACUGGGAGCUAAUUCCCUGCUGGAUCUCGUCGUGUUCGGGCGCGCAUGCGCGAACUUCAUCAGAGAGGAAAACAAACCGGGUGAACAAUUGCCACAGUUAUCUCAGGACGCAGGCGAAGAGAGUGUAGCAGAGUUGGAUAAAUUACGUCAUGCUGAUGGUAACGUCACCGUAGCUGAUUUGAGAUUGGAAAUGCAGAAAGUAAUGCAGACGAAUGCUGCGGUCUUUCGCACUGGACCGGUGCUACAGGAAGGCUGCGAGAAGAUGGACGCGUGCUUCGAAAAAUUUAGCGAUCUGAAACUAUUUGACCGAGGAAUGGUGUGGAACACUGACCUUGUCGAAGCACUGGAGUUGCAAAACUUGAUGCUGAAUGCUGCUCAAACGAUAUACUCUGCUGAGGCGCGAAAAGAGAGCAGAGGUGCGCAUGCGCGAGAAGACUUCAAGGAUCGUAUUGAUGAGUAUGACUACAAGGAACCGCUUGAGGGACAGACGCCAAAACCUCUGAGCGAACACUGGCGUAAACACACCUUAUCUUAUCAAGAUAGUAAAACUGGCAAAGUAACACUUGAUUACCGUGGUGUAAUUGACGAGACCCUAAAUGACGAUGAAUGUCCCACAGUACCCCCAGCAGUCCGUGUUUACUAAUUUCAGGCUGCUCCAAAGUUCAACCCACUUUAUCUUGGCUAUGUUCUUUGUGUAUAUUACGAUAGAAUUCCAAGUUAUUGUGGUACAAAUAACGUAUCUUACGAAAUUUCAACCAGCUAAGAAUUACUCUUACUUUGUGUCAAAAUAACCUCACCGAUAGAGCAGAUUGCAGCUUUUCAGAAUGAACUAUUUAAAACUUGGGGAUAUAUCAGAAGUGAAAAUGCCACGUCUAAUUCUUGCUGUAAAUAUUUAGCACGAUGAACGCUAUAGUUUACAGUUUAUUUUGUCCCAAGUAUUUUUGUGGUAUUGAGUUAAAUAGAGUUUAUAUGAUGGAAUGCUUGUUGGUUUUCGGCUUGAAUGUCUCUAGAGUUUGCAGAAUUUUAAACUAUCAUCUAACUAUUAUAUACUCUAGUUGUGUUAGGGGGUAUUUGAAUAAUUUGAUGGAAAUCUCAAAAGGAAGUUGUGUAUCCUUUUCAAACCUAACAGGUGUAACUGCCUUAUAUUUUCGGCAAUAAAUUUUAUAUAAAUCUAUCCAUCAACAACCGUUCUUCACACCUUCUCUCCUGUACUAAUAUUCCUUUCAAACGAGGCUGCCGUGUGGAAGAAAGUCUGCUGUAGGUGA